AAACACUUGGAAAUUAGAGUCUACUGCAUAUAUUCUUAAAAAUUUCACUGUACGUGCUCAGAAUUUUCUGAAGAAGCAGAAGGAUUUGAAGGUGCUAACAAGCAGGGAACAAGCCAAAAGGACAGGCAGUAGGUGAGAAGAGGCCAUGGAAUGUCCACCAACCAGAUAAUCAUCGCUGGAUCAUCGAGAAGUGUCUGAAUGUAGGCUGCAGAAGUCCUGAAGGUUGAUGGAGGGCCAUGCUAUUCAAACAGCAGGCGUGGCUGAGACAGAAGCUCCUGGUGCUGGGAAGUCUUGCCGUUGGGAGUCUCCUGUAUCUAGUCGCCAGAGUUGGGAGCUUGGAUAGACUACAACCCAUUUGCCCCAUCGAAGGACGAUUCGGAGCACGCAGCCAGGCCGAAUUCCCUCUCCGCGCCCUGCAGUUUAAGCGGGGCCUGCUGCACGAGUUCCGGAAGGGCAAUACUUCCAAGGAGCAGGUUCGCCUUCAUGACCUGGUCCAGCAGCUCCCCAAGGCCAUUAUCAUUGGGGUGAGGAAAGGAGGUACCAGGGCCCUGCUUGAGAUGCUGAACCUCCAUCCAGCAGUGGUCAAGGCCUCUCAAGAAAUCCACUUCUUUGACAAUGAUGAGAAUUAUGCCAAGGGAAUUGAGUGGUAUAGGAAAAAGAUGCCUUUUUCCUACCCGCAGCAAAUCACAAUUGAAAAGAGCCCAGCAUAUUUUAUCACGGAGGAGGUUCCGGAAAGGAUUUACAAAAUGAACUCAUCCAUCAAGUUGUUGAUCAUUGUCAGGGAGCCAACCACAAGAGCUAUUUCUGAUUACACUCAGGUGCUAGAGGGGAAGGAGAGGAAGAACAAAACAUACUACAAGUUUGAGAAGCUGGCAAUAGACCCGAAUACCUGCGAGGUGAACACCAAAUACAAGGCGGUAAGAACCAGCAUCUACACCAAACAUCUGGAAAGGUGGUUGAAAUACUUUCCAAUUGAGCAAUUUCACAUUGUCGAUGGAGAUCGCCUCAUCACAGAGCCUCUGCCGGAACUUCAGCUUGUGGAGAAGUUCCUAAAUCUUCCCCCGAGGAUAAGUCAAUACAAUUUAUAUUUCAAUGCUACCAGAGGGUUUUACUGCUUGCGAUUUAACAUUAUCUUUAAUAAGUGCCUGGCGGGCAGCAAGGGACGCAUUCAUCCAGAGGUGGACCCCUCUGUCAUUACCAAAUUGCGCAAAUUUUUUCACCCUUUCAAUCAAAAGUUUUACCAGAUCACUGGGAGGACAUUGAACUGGCCCUAAAAUAAUAAGUCAUAUAACACUAUGUGUUGUGGCUGGAGACUCACAAUGUCUCCCCUAGAUUAAAAAUAUGCACUUUUCUUAGACACAACUAUCCAAGUCGUUUUUCCAUGUAUACUUGUAUAUAACACAGUGUGUGACCAAAUAUAAGAUCAGUUCUUUUUCUAUUGAAAAUUUACAAAAAAAAAAAAAACCAGUUUGCUGUCUGAGUAGUUGCAUCUUUUAAGCUAUCUGCGAUAAGAAACGGUGGUGGUACUGGGGGAAAGUGACUUCAGCUGUUCUCAAAGAGUUAGUCUUCCUUUGAGUCAGAAUUUGUUGCCCGCCAUUUUCAUAGAUUUAAGCCAAAAGAUUAUGUGUGAAAAUGUACCAAUGGCCGUGAAGCUUCAGGAAGUAGAGGAUUCAGUUAUGCAUUCUUCUCUAAGGGAAAGCUGGCUCUUUAAUUCAGAUACUGAAUUGGUGCCACGAAAACAGAAAAUACUAUUUUCUUAUUAUUUGAAAGAAUGUCUUAUCUCAUAAAAUUGACACCUUUCCAAAGUUCCUGUGGUGAUUUUGCACUAUUGUUUUCUCACAGAGACCAUGGUGUCACAUGUAGCAUGUCAAUCAGCCAUUGGAAAGUUAAGUCCUUUUACUUCUGUGUCCCACAUCAACAAAGAGAAAUGUCAUGUACAUAAUGUAUAUUGUUGUAAAUACUGGUUUCACACUAAGUAAUUCUAUUUUGUAAACUGAAUAUGGCUAUUUAAUUUAUUGUGGAAAUUAAAUUUAUUGUGGUAUUUAAAAAUGGAAUGGAUUAAAAUUGCUCUAUGUGCAACCUUUAUUCCCCCCCUCAUUUUGUUUUACAUGCCCCCUGCUGGCUUCCCGAAUCGAAGAUGUUUGUGUGUAUGUGAGAGCGCUUGGAAAGAUGCGCUUCUCCGUUACAUUUCUGCACCCUUGUGAAAAUGUUUUUAUGGAGUGAGGUUGAGUAUAUUAAACAACUCAACCAUCUGGAAAUCUAGUAAUACAGCCACCUCAAAGAAUACUAGCUGCUACUCCCACUGCAACUUUGUAACAAUUAAUCUACCUGCAAUUUUACUGCUGUGCCGGGAGAGAGACAGGAAAUACUUUAACAGAAUCAAGGCCUAGAAGAAUCACAGUUUUAUUUGAACUUCUAAUCAGAGUCAGACCAGUAGAGAAAUUAAAUAAAAUAAGAUCAGAAAACAUGUGUGGCCUCUGUACUGAAAGCUGCUGAUGCUUCAAAAAUGAAUAAACUCCCAAAAAAAUAAAUAAGUAAAAUAAAAACUCUCAGAACUCCCUCUUUGAGAUGAAAAUGUAUCAGUCUGCUCAGAAAUGAUCAAAUGCAUCGUGUUGCUCUUACUAACAUAAACAUAUGGCUCGUAUCUCCAGCCAGAGAAAUUAAUGCUAAAUUGGGUGCUUGCUAACAUCAGAUACCCUGUUUAAAUACAAUGCAGAAAACAGUGGGAAGAGGUAUCAACCACAAGAACAAAAAGAGGGAUUUUUCAUAAUCAGAGCUGCUUAUCCAGUAGAAAAUGUUUAGGGGCGUUUUACUCGACAUCAUAUUGAGAGUGCUAGAGAAAUCAGCAAAUUACCGUGGGUUCCUUUUUGAUUGUAAUGUGUUGAUUUUCUCCAUGAGUUGUUUACUCUGUCCAGUGAUUUGAUGGUGAACUUUCCUAAAUAAAUAGCCCUUUCCCCUUUGGUGUUGGUAUAUAUUGCUUCUCAAGCUACAGCUUUAGUAAUCAUCUCUCCUGUUUCAAUUAGCAAUGAUGCUGGUCUCUCAGCGUGGAACAGCAUGCCACCAGCACACGCUGACAGGCCGGCUUCUCACUCACUGUGCAGCGACUCUGGAGACUGUCUGGGUCUCAGUGCCAAUCUCUUCUCCCUUAAGCCAUGAAUGAAAUCAAUUAGAUUCCU